CGCCGCAGAGCCCCGCGCGGCGGCGCCGUCCUGGGCGCCCGCGAGCGCCGCGGAGGCGGGCUCGGUGGCACUAUCCUGGCCGCCCGCGAGCGCCGCGGAGGCGGGCUCGGUGGCACUAUCCUGGCCGUCGGCGGGCGCCGCGGAGGCGGGCUCGGUGGCGCUGUCGGCCACGGCGUGCGCCGCAGGGGCCCCCUCGGAGGCGGCGUCCUGGCCGUCCGUGGCGACGGUGAGCAUCGCGGGGCCCCGCUCGGCGGCCACUGCCUCGGGAUCGGCCGCCGGCACAGCGGCCCAGGCCGCGCCGGGCCCUGCGGAGGCCUCGGCGGCAGCGGCGGAAGGCGCGGCGGCCACGAGGCUCCGCGGCCGGGCUCGGGCGGCGUUCGACGGGCGCGGGUACGCGGCGCGCGACGGCGAGGGCGGCAGCUACCUCAGCUUCCAGGCGGGCGAGGCGCUGGCGCUCGUGCGGCCCCCGGCCGAGGUCGCCGGCUGGGCCUGGGGCGAGGUCGCGGGGUCGGCGGGCUGGUUCCCGAGCACCUUCUGGCAGGCGUCGCCGCCCGCCGGCCGCUCGCCCGCCGAGGCGCGGCCGCCCGCUGGCAGCUCGCCCGCCGAGCUGCCCGAGCGCGUGCGCCUGGCCGACCUGGACGCCAGGCUCCGCCGCUUGGAGCAGCGCGCCGGCGAGGCGUCGGCCCUGGCGCCCGCGCAUGCGCGGGGCGGCCUGGCGCAGGUGCAGGCCGAGGUGCAGGCGCUGGAGGCGG